AUGGGUCUUUUUUGGGAUGAGAGACUGGCUAAAUCUGCUGAGUCCUGGCCCGCUCAGUGCAUAUGGGAUCAUGGACCGUCUCAUGAUUUGCGACACAUUGGACAGAACCUGUCCAUGAUCUCUGGAAGAUACAGAUCAAUCAUUGACCUGGAAAGGUCCUGGUAUGAUGAAAGACACUAUUUCUCCUACCCCAAUAGAUGCAGUGGCUCUGUCUGCACACACUACACUCAGGUGGGUCUCCAAUAUAGCAAUAAGAUCGGGUGUGCUGUUAGAAGAUGUUCAAACAUUGUUUUGGGAAGUAUGUGGAAACAGGCCACCUUACUGGUUUGCAACUAUUCUAUCAAGGGGAACUGGGUUGGAGAGGCUCCAUAUAAGACAGGAAAAUCAUGCUCCGCGUGUCCCUCAAGUUAUGGAGGAUCAUGCAAUAAAAACCAGUGUGACUCCAGAUCAAAAUCCAAAAGAAAUGCAAGUGGUUUCAGAGGCUAA